CAAUAGCUUUGCGACAGCGCCAACGGUUGACUCACAACCCAACCCGUGUCCUUAUGCUGAUGAACAUCCUCCUCACUCGGCACACUCAGCACAUUCAGCACAGCGCCAAAAGUGGGGCACACCCUCGCCCUUUUAAGCCCUACGUUGCCCCCCUUCGUACCCCUCCCCCUUUUUCAGCUUCCUCGUCAUCUCAUCUUAUCUUAGCAAGCAAAGGAAAGCAAACAAAUAGAAGGAAAGGAAAGGGAAGCGAAGCGAAGCAAAGCAAAGUGGCUGAAUCAUAAGGCAAUACGAAUCGGUUUGCAGCGCAAUCAGCCUUACGCUGGCCCUGCCUUACCACAUAGCAGGAUUCUGGUUAACGGUGAUCGAUUCAGCCUCCCUUCUGAAUGCCAGAUGAGAGCCUGGCCAAACCGGGGUGGGCGAUGAUGUCA